UCAUUAGACUUUGUCGGAAAAAAUUCCAUUGUGUGAGCUCAACAUUUUUCCGUACCGUUCAGAUUAAAAUUGGACAGAAUUUUUUUCACAGCUAAUGCUGGCCAACUUCAAGCAGCACGGGUUAAAGCAGUUGACCUUUGAAUUGCUAAUGCCAUUUGUCAUAAAGCAAUUAGCACAGAUUAAAACUCUAAUCUGCGUUAUUUCGAGACGCGUUUAUGAAGAAGUCGCCUAACCGUGUGCGCCUCGAACUGCGAAUUACCCUAAAGAUGACCAUGGGCUUUCGGCGCUUAGCCAAGAAGUGGUUGGACCGGAUCUUUGAAACGGAGCCGAGCUAUAUUUCUCGCAGUUUGGCAAAACAUAAAUUGGUGCUAUGCAACAAGGAUGUCAGUGUUUACCUAGCCGGGUUCGAAGUUCCUUAUGUCAUCGAUUACUUAUCCAAACAAAUAUUGCUGCGUGCUGAGAUCCCGCUACUUUUUAGAGAGCCAGGUCGAACCAGUAUGCGACGACAGAUCGGCGAACAUUUUUUGAAUACAGGCACGCUGCCAAAAGAAGUUAUUGGAGAUGUACACGAGGCGUGCGCGCUGUACAAACGUUGGUUGCGGACCCUUCGAGAUCCCCUCCUUCCAUUGGAUAUUCAACGAAGUAUCGUGGAACGGCUAAGUGUGCUUGAAGAACCGGAAGAGUGGCAGCUACAGCGUUUAACUGAGCUCAUUGUAGACGGCGAAUCACCGCCCCCGUUACCUCUCGUCUGUUUCUUACACUGCAUAUUUUUUUUGCAGCAAAUCACUCGUCUCAAAAAUCGCAAUUUAAUGACGGCUUCAUCCUUAGCAGCUAUUUUUGCGCGUUACCUUUUUCGGUAUGAAGCACUAGAACUACGUUGGCCUCACAUUACCGAUGACAGUCAAGAUCAGCGUGACUAUCAUGCAAUGCAGGAGAGAGUGUUGCUUAAAGUAAAGGAUUUUCUUGAGUUUCUCAUUAGUGGACGUGGCAAUCGAGUCUUCGCCAAAGCGCUCCGUCGAAGAGCUGAUCGACAAAAGGACAACGGUCAUAUUCGUGUGAGGACUCAGCCCAUUGCUCAAGCCCAGCCUCUGGGUCAUCACCUACCGGUCAUACCAACCGAGGCUCGUGCAGCGCUUGUCCAGAGCUCAGAACCAAUACUUCUCAUGUGGCGUAGCCACGACUUUGAUAUGGUGACCGUUCACGAGGAACGCAGUCCGUUGCGUAUGACCUUUGUACGAGAGAUGCGAGCUCGAACGCCUAAUCGUGACAGAGAUGAGAACUCGAUUUAUUUGUAAUACAAACAACACAAAUCAUACAGCCUGCUUGACUUAACACUUGUAUUAUGAUUAGACUUGUGUAAAAAAUUACCUUGUACGAUUCCCUGUAACUUUUGUUUUAAUCUAUUUAUGUGACAGCGAAAGCAACACUAAAGUAACUAAAGGCGUCUCUGCUAAACAAAUUGCUCAUUUUAAAAUGUUUCUGUGAAGCUUUAGUAACAGGCAUCGUGAAAUUAGAGGCGGGUUGAAAAAAUUUUAUUGGGCUAGUUUUUCGUAAUCCAAUUGUGACAGCCUUAUCAGUUGUUGCUUAUUAUAACGACAGCUGCUGAAAUACUAACUCGAUUGAUAUAGUUGGAACAACAAGAGAUAAUACUCCGUGAUCUCUCGACGAAAUAUCAACAAAUCAACUAUUAUACCCGAACGUUGCUGAAUUAUUAAUAGAUACGACGAUAUUGUUAUCGUCUGCUAACACGGUUGAACCUCUCGCAUGAAUCCUUAAUGAUUAUUAAAGGGUAGAUUUUAAUCAUUUUUUGCUCUGGUCUAGAUGACUAGAAAUUGAGCUUAUUAUUGUUGUUGACCUUACUAAGAUUUUGUUCUUCCGAGCAUUUGAAAGACGUGCCUUUUAAAUAAUCUAAAUGGAGAUUUGCAUGCAUCACCUGAAACGAUCCGUGUUUUAAUUCCUUUUAUAUUCAACUAUUCAAUUUCAUUCUCAAUUUAGAAAUAAUUUUUGAGAUAGAAAACAUUUUAAAUAAACUUCGCUCGUGAUAACAUGUGUCAUUACUAGACUAUAUGCAGUUACACAUACCUUGCAUUCAGCGCAAUAAAAUCUAAACUAUCUGUUG